AAAAACUUCUUUAUCAUUUAUUAAUAACAUGUCUACAAUUGCAAAGACAACCCUUUUGGCAUCACGCACCUUGACUCAUUCAAUGCGUGUUUAUUCUACUGUUCCUGGUGUUAGUCAACGCAGUCUGACACAACGCGAAAAGGAUGCUCUGGAGCCUAUGAUUCGUGUUGACCAAGCUGGUGAAGUUGGAGCGUACUAUAUUUACAAGGGCCAGUUGGCAGUUCUUGGUCAUGACAAGAAGUUGGGACCCAUUCUGCAUGAGAUGUGGGAGCAAGAGAAGCAACAUCUCGAACGGUUUAACCACCUUAUUGGCGAGCACCGUGUUCGACCCAGCUUGUUACGCCCUGUUUGGGAGGUUGCUGGAUUUGCAUUGGGUGCUGCCACAGCUUUGAUGGGAAAGGAGGCAGCUAUGGCUUGCACAGAGGCAGUUGAGACAGUAAUUGGAAAUCAUUAUGAUGAUCAGUUACGGGAGCUAUGGGGAUUCAAGGACCAUAACCAACAAUUAGUUGACCUCAGCAAGACUGUAGCCCAGUUCAGAGACGAAGAGCUUGAGCACCAUGAUAUUGCUGUUCAGCAUGAUGCUCGACAGGCACCGUUCCACAGUGUACUCAAAGCUGGAAUUAUGCAGGGCUGUAAAACUGCCAUAUGGGUGGCUGAGCGUGUCUAAACAAUCUAAACUAUCACACUUCUAAAUCACAAACAUCAAUUGCAUUACCUUCCCCUACUCCGUAUUCUACCACGCAUAAUUUGAAGAAUAAAAUAUAGUAUAAAGAAACCAU